AUGUGCGAAACACGUCAGAUUUGUAUCGACUCGACCAGUCGUGUGCGGCUGACUUCCAACGUUUAUAAAUUUGGUGACUCGUUUCGCCGUCUGAUCGUUCAGUGUCACGUGACAUAUGCUGCCGAGCUAAACCGAAUUGUCACUAUGCAUCAAGGCUGUCGCGACGAGCCAUGGCCGUUGCUCCCUCAGCGCGACCAGACCUGCGACUCGUUCCGAGCGUUAGCUUUGCGCGCUACUGCAAAUGACGCGCUGGUGCCGAAAAUCGAGUCAUCUGAUUAUCGCCUCAAGCAAGAGCCGCCAAUUUGUGGCUAA